AUGCUCCAAAUGAAUCCCAGGCCUUCCGGUGUCAAAUUUGGUCAGUUGGUGUCAUCUCUUGUUAGAAUGAAGGCCUUCCAGGCUGCCUUCUAUGCUUCUAAACGUAUGGAAUUAGCUGGAGUACCACACGAUCUUUACACGCUUAGCAUGAUGCUUCGUUGCUUCUGUAAAUUGGGUCGAGUGGAUUUUGGCUACUCAGUUUUGAGCAAAGCUCUGAAACUUGGUAUUCAAUUCAACGAUGUGAUGCUCAAUACAUUGAUUGACGGGCUCUGUAAAGUUGGGAAAGUAAUCGAGGCUGCAAGGUUGGCUCAUAAAAUUAGGAUUUUGGGUUAUCAACCUAAUGUCGUUAGUUACAGUACAAUCAUCGACGGCCUUUGCAAGAGUGGGUUGGUAUCGAAAGCUUUAGACGUGUUUUCAGAGAUGGGGGAUAGAAAAAUACAGCCAAAUGUUAUUACUUACAAUAGCUUGAUUUAUGGUUUAUGCACUUCAAGCUCAAGGAACAAAGCUAUGAUGUUGUUGCAUGAAAUGGCAGACAGGAAGAUCAUGCCUGAUAAAUUCACCUAUUCCAUAUUAGUAGAUUCCUUCUGUAAGGAAGGAAAUGUUUUGGGAGCAAAAGUUAUACUGAAAAUGAUGAUUCAAAGAGGAUUGAUUCCACAUGUCAUCAUAUACAAUUCAUUGAUGGAUGGGUACAGUUUGCGCAGCCAAGUAGACAAAGCUAGAAAAUUAUUUGAUUCCAUGGCCAACUGGGGAUGCAAACAUGAUGUUUACAGCUAUAAUAUCAUGAUUCAUGCAUAUUGUAACAAUAAAAGGAUGGAUAAAGCUGGCAGGGAAAAGGAAGCAAGGGAAAUGUUUUCUAGGCUCUCUAGAGAGAACUGUUUGCAACCUGAUACCCGGACAUAUAACAUUACAAUUAAUGGACUUUGCAGACAACGUUUUGUGGAUGAAGCAUAUGAAUUGUUUAGGAAAAUGGAGGCAGAAGAUAGUUGUGUACCAGAUAAUUGCUCUUAUAAUGUGAUCAUUCAUGGAUUUCUUCGCCAUAAGGAUCCACUUGAAGCAAUGGACCUCAUUCUUGAGAUGGUUUCUAAAGGUUUCUCAGCUGAUGCAACCACGAUGUCUCUGCUAUUAGAAAUGUUGCCCAAGAAUCAGUUGGAUCAUCCAAUUUUGCAGAAGCUGUUGAAUAGUCCUGAUACCAAGAGUCAUAAAAUAGGGUCUAGUGGUCUAUCAGCUGCUGCAACUCAAGGAACUUGCUAA